GGAAGGCCAAAAGAAAACCGUAAAUCAUGGCCGCAGCAGAAGAAUUAGCUGACUUAUGGCAAUCCCACUCACAACUGGACGUAGUAUUGGAACUGGUGUUCCUAUGGCUGGGUGGCGUGGACUUGGCGUGCUGUGGCGCCGCGUGCCGCGCUUGGCGUCAAGCGAUCAGGCGUGCGGACGUCUGGAGAUGCCUGUUGGUUCAAGCGUCUAGUGCUGAUACAGUGCAUGCUCUCGCUAGCAUUUAUGAUGGCGCCUGUCCAUGGCGCGAGCUGUACGUAUCAUCUAUAGCGCCAUGGCGUCGUGUUGCGAGUCUGACGCCAGAGCGGCCAGCUAGGCUCGCCGCUGCAGCGCUCAACCGGGAUGGAAACUUGAUUGCUGUUGCAGCUGAGGACUGCUCCUUUACCAUAUGGGAGCUGGAAAACGGAAAGUGGGCGCGUGCGGGCGCUGGUUCAGUGGCACUAGGUUGGACUGGAGUAGCACGAGCAGAAUGGGCGCCAGAUGCGCCACUGCUGCUUCUGGCAGGAUCCUCACCACUAUCUGCCCAAAGAGGAGCACUCGCUGUACUACGGCCACGUAAUGAGGGCUCACUUGAGUCGUGGGUGGUGGCCGCACGAGCUACCGGCGGCGGCGGCUGCUGGGCGGGCGAAGUCUUCCUCUCUCUGGAACUGUCGCGGCUGUCAGCGAUGGAACACGCGCCUGUCUUCGGCACUGACGUGUGGCUUAACGCUGCCACUCAAGAGACUGAAGACGAGUUUGCCGGCACGGCGGCGCGCGUUCUACGCAUAUACAACGAAAAGCGGGCGGUCGUCACGCAAGCCGUAUGCGCAGACGCACCGCUAGACGCACGCGCGGCACAGGAGUGGGCGGAAGCGGAAGCGACUGCGCGCGCCGAGGACAUGCGUAUAGAUGCGUCUUCCGAUUCUACAUCUGCAGACCCUGCUUAUGCACCGGAAGUUGUGAAACUACAGGAGUAUGGGCCAGAUGAAGCGUACUACAGAGUUAUAUACGAUCGUGGCCGCGCGUCCGACACGCCAAACGCGUGGAUACGCGUGGUGGUCCUGGCGUGUGGCGGCGUGCUUGGCGUGUGGCCGUUACCGCGCGAACGCCCGCCGCCGCUCCGCGUGCCUGACGACGCGCUGCGCACACGCAUGCGAGCACGCGCGGAGCGACGACAACGGGAAGCCGAAGCAGCGGCUGCGGGUGAGGUGGAGGAAGAGGCACCAGAACCGUCAACAGCUGAACUCCGCGCCCGCUGCGACCCGCCCGCAGCACGUCUUCGGCUACCUGGCAAUGUGCUCGGCCUUACAGCGUUACAGAACGGACGCGGGGUAUGGGCGAGCGUGUCGGGAGGAGCGAUUUGCGCGUCGUUGCCAGCUCUGCGAGUGCUACGAAUAGUCCUCGCUAAGCCAGGAAAUGGGUCACCCCACUACAUGCAACCACAUGUUACUGAGGAGUAUUUUGGCAGCCCGUGUGGCGGCAGCUCGCCUACGGCUUGCGUGUGGGGCCCGGCAGGCGCCAGUACAAAGCUGAGUGGCGACACGCCAGCACUAGCGGUGCUAUUGCGUUUACGUCCGAGACCUGAGGCAUUUCUGCUUACAGAGGACGCGCUACAAGUAUGGCAGUGCACGGCGCCGCGAGCGCCCCGGCCCGACGACAACGGCGACAACGCUAGCGACUACAGUGACAAUAACUACGACAGUGGCAGCGACAACUACAGCAGCGAUAGCGACUGAUAGCCCGGCGAUUGUGA